AUGAUUAAAAUCUGGUCAAUUAAGAAGGACAAUUCUUCCGCUGAAAAAAAAAAAUCGAAAAUUAGUGCUGCUCAGAUUCGUGUUCAAAAAGACUUAACUGAGCUAGCACUCCCGGAUACAAUGCAAAUGAGUUUUCCGGAUGAAUCAGAUCUUCUCAAUUUUAACUUGUCCAUAACACCUGACGAAGGCUUCUAUCGAGGUGGUGUGUUUAAAUUCACUUUCAACAUAAACAAUAAUUAUCCUCAUGACCCCCCAAAGGUUCGCUGCACUCAAAAGAUUUAUCAUCCAAAUAUUGAUCUUGAGGGUAAUGUUUGCCUGAAUAUCCUUCGUGAAGAUUGGAAACCUGUCUUGAAUUUAAAUUCUGUCUUAGUGGGAUUGCAAUAUUUGUUCUUGGAACCAAAUCCUGAAGAUCCACUCAAUAAGGAAGCGGCUGAGGAGAUGAGAAAUAAUCGGAAAAACUUUGAAUACAAUGUAAAACAAUCGAUGAGAGGCAAAGAUGUUAAGGGCGUCUAUUUUGAAAAUGUACUAUCUUAG